AUGACAACAAAACUCAGGCACGUGCAUGUGAGCCUUAAACAAGCCCACACGCCUUUGCUAGUAAUUUGAAAAAACAUAAUAUUAUUCCUAGUAUAGCUUGAACCCACUACCUUCUGCUCAAUCAACGUACAUUAACUAACUCACCUAUGAGACAAAUAUGAGACAAGUAUUCUAAGGAGUGUGAACAUUUGCGACUGCAAAUCAUUGGAAGAGGUAUUUGAAUUGGGUGACGUUGAUGAAGGAAGCAGUGAGGAGGAGUUGUCAUCUUUAACAGAGUUACAGCUGAUCAAGUUACCUGAGCUCAAAUGUAUAUGGAAGGGGCCCGCCAAUCAUGUCAGCCUCCAAAAUCUUGCUGAUCUGAAUUUGAUUUCUCUCAACAAACUGAUAUUUAUCUUCACACUGUCCCUCGCUCAAAGUCUGCCAAAGCUAGAAAGCCUUAACAUAGGUAGUUGCGGUGAAUUGAAGCAUCUUAUCAGAGAAAAGGAUGAUGCAAGGGAAAUAACUACAGGGUCACUUUGCUUCCCAAAAUUAAGAAGUCUCUCUAUAAGUUACUGUGGUAAACUGAAAUAUGUCUUCCCUGUCUCUGUGUCUCCAAGUCUUCUGAACCUGGAAGAGAUGGAGAUUGAUUUUGCUGACAAUGUAAAGCAUAUAUUUUACACUGGAGAAGGAGAUGCACUCACCAGAGAUGGAAUCAUCAAGUUCCCUAAGCUAAGAGGAUUGUCUCUUUCAAAUUGCAGCUUUUUUGGUCCAAAGAAUUUUGCUGCUCAAUUGCCUUCUCUGCAAAUUCUAAACAUUGAUGGCCACAAAGAAUUGGGAAAUUUGUUUGCGCAGCUCCAAGGGCUGACAAAUUUGGAAAAAUUAUGCUUGGAAUCCCUGCCUGACAUGAGGUGUAUAUGGAAGGGUCUCGUGCUGAGCAAAUUGACUACUUUGGAGGUGGUUGAGUGUAAGAGACUGACACUGGUAUUCACAUGCAGCAUGAUUGUCAGUCUAGUUCAACUGAAAGUUCUAAAGAUAUUGUCCUGUGAGGAAUUCAAUCGAAUCAUUGCUAAGGAUGAUGAUGAAAACGACCAGAUAUUGUUAGGAGAUCAUCUCCAAUCUUUAUGCUUUCCCAAUUUGUGUGAAAUUGAGAUUGGAGAAUGUAACAUGUUGAAGAGCCUCUUCCCAGUUACCAUGGCUUCAGGUCUCCCAUAGCUCCAAAUACUUAAGAGUAACAAAAGCCUCUCAAUUAUUGGGAGUGUUUGGGCAGGAUGAUCAUGUAUCACCUGUCAACGUUGAGAAGGAGAUGGUGCUUCCUAAUCUAAAGAAGCUGUCGCUAAAACAAUUAUCAAGUAUUGUCUGCUUCAGUUUCGGAUGCUGUGAUUUCUUAUUCCCUCGUUUGGUUAUCUGCUAUGUGUGAUUUCAAAAGAAGAUAACGACUUAUCUAUAUAUGUGUGAAUAAGGUUAUCUGCUUGUUUACCCAUGUAAUGUAAUGUUGUGUGUUUAGUCAUUACUGUGCGUACCUCAAAAAAAUAAUGUUGCUUGCCCAUUAUCGUACAAGCCUCCAGAAGUAAGGGCGUAUGUUUGCUUGGCCAUUCGUGUUUGUUUUGAAGUGUGUGAACCUUUCAAAAAUAAAGGCAUAAUGUUUACUCUUGUUUAA